AUGUUUGGAGAUAAUCCAGUGAUAAUUCAACAAGAACGGCUUCAGGUCUCAGUGCCGUUGUUUCUCAUCCACGAUGGUGGUGGUACAAUAACUAGCUAUUAUUCCUUUGGAAACUUGGGACGUGAUCUAUAUGGGAUUUACAACCCUAGAUUUCAGGACAAUGAAAAAUGGACGGGCGGCAUUGGUGAGAUGGCCAAAGAGUAUGUCAAGAUGAUAAAGAGUGUUUCUCCAGGGAACAAAAUCAUACUAGGUGGAUGGUCCCUUGGGGGUUUGAUAGCCCUGGAAAUGUCCCAUAUACUAGCAAACGAUUUCACGGUUGACGUCGUCGGCCUUAUCAUGAUCGAUAUUAUUUACCCACCAGCAAUAACUGCUGCAAAUCUCCAACCCGAUAUCCGAGAUAUGAAUCUUAGUCGUGAUAUUCCUACUAAACAGCGCCAGAAGAUAAUUAAACACAUCAAGGAGGCGACUGCUUCAGCAAAAGAUUAUAAACUUCCAACAUGGGCUAAUGAAUCCCGAUCCGACUCAAGCCUGGACUCUAUAUCUAUGGCCUCUCCACCUCCAACCAUUUUGCUUCAAGCAAAGGAACCUGUGCCAUCACGGAAAGGCUCACCAAUUCCGCAUAUGCUAUGUUGGGAUAUGUACGAAGCCGACCUUGUCAAGAUAGUAUAUGAAAUUCCUGGCCAUCAUUUCAGCAUUUUUGAUACAAUUAAUAUUGAUGAAUUCACUACCUCUUUACGGGAAGCCUGUACUCUGCUGGAGAAUGAGUUGAUCGGUUGA